UUUGGACCAAGAAUAUCUACCUGCCCAUAUAAAAAGGAACUGAAACUAAUCAUCUUCUGUCAAUAGGUUAUUUAAUUAAUUAAUAAAUUAUAUGGAGUAUUAAAAAGUCGUAAUCUUGGUGUUGUGAGUUCACUCCAUCUCAAAACCCUUCAAUUCUACGCAUCCCCAGGAAUUAUAGGGUUUCCAAAUAGGGUCACCCCUCUGCAAAACUUCACUUCUGAGAAAGUUGUAAGCAGGGCUACAAGGGAGUAACGAUAAGCCUGGUUAUUUUUUCAUAAGUGGUGGAAAUGAGCAAUGCUAUUCAAAUGGACCACUCCAAUAGCCAACUAGCUCUCCCAGUGAAGCGCCGAAGAGGUCGGCCAAGAAAAGACCAAAGCCUAAAUCAUCUCCCUCGAGCUCCAACUGGCAUUGAAACAUCAACAGAAAACCCAGCCACUAGAGUAGUAGUAGAUGGAAUGGUCGGUCAGGCAGUUACGGGUGUGAUAGAGGCCACAUUUGAUGCCGGUUUUUUGCUCAGUGUUACUAUUGGAGACAACAAUACCAAGCUCAGGGGAAUUGUCUUUAAGCCAGGACACUAUGUCCCUAUAACAUCAGAAAAUGAUGUUGCCCCACAUAUUGAGAUGAUACGCAGAAACGAAAUUAAUCUUCCUGUUGGAAACAAAAUACGUAUACGUAGGAAAUACAGGCGAAGGGUCUCAGAGGUCAAUGCACCUCCUCCCUCUCCUCCUAUACAUCAAGUAGCAAAAGGAAAUCAGUUAUCUAUAGUGUUGGCCCCUUCUGUCCCUCCCGUGGGGGCCAGGGGAACUGUGGUUCCUGUUGUGCUCCAGCCUGCUAACCUAACAAACCGUUCGCCCAGUGCCGGUCCAGAACCUAUGAAUGCAUCCCAAGCUUCUAUAGAAACUAUAAGGGAUAAAGGUGUGCAAAUGGUUGCACCAUUAGCUAUGUUACCACCUGAUGGAUCAACUACCCAUGAAGGAGGAGUAGAAAAUGUGAAAAAUCAAAUAGGUGGUGGCCAUGGAUAUACCCAUUCAUCACCAGAAAGUUUCAGUUUGGGAGGGAAAAUGAAGGAUAAUGUAGAUAAAUCCCCAACAAUAGAACCUCUAGAAGGUUCGGAUUCCAAUGGUCUUCACCAUUCUGAAUCACAUCCAUUCAAAUCUAUGGCUUACGGUGCUGGCAAGAUGACUAAGCUGUUACAGGUCCUGCAGGAAAAAUUGGUAGAAAACAAGGUACAUGAGUCUGACAAUGAGGCUGGUCUGAGAAAUAAGUCUUACUGAGAUAAAAUUCCCAGAGACAGAACAAAGUGAUGAGGCACGUCUUUAGUAGAAGAAGCAAUCCUAGAUUCUUGAUGCCCCAUAUAUAUAUUGUGCAAGGCAGUAUGUUAUACUCGAAGGGACAAAGGAGACAUGAAAAGCUGCUAGUUGCUGUUGACUGGAUUUUAGAUUCUGCUUCAUUUAGAGACAGAUUUAGACAAGGUGAUGUUUCAAAGUUUCAUGUGUAUAAAUCCAUCCUGCUUGGAAUAUUCACUUCAAUUAUAGCCCUUCAUAGCUUUAUUGUUAUUUUCUUUUCUUUUUUCCCGUGAACCGCCCAAUUAAAGAUUUGGUCACAUCCUCUGAUUAUUGCAGCAUAAGCCCUUUCCGGACUUUUCUAUGACCGUUGGAACUUG